AUGUCAUUGGGACCCCAGGCACAGAAAAACCUUGAAGGAAAGACAAUCCUCAUUACUGGAGCAUCUGCAGGCAUUGGCGAGGCUAUUGCGCGUGAAUUUGUGGAUGCGACCGGAGGCAACAUCAAGCUAGUGCUCGCGGCCAGAAGGGUUCGAAGGCUAGCAGAACUAGGCCAGCAACUAGGGCAAAGUGGGGCCCAGGUGCACCUUGCGUCCCUUGAUGUGAGCGAUGGAGCGAAUAUUGAUGAGUUUUUUGCCUCUCUUCCGUCUGAAUUUCAAGACAUCGACGUGCUAGUCAACAAUGCUGGAAAGGCGUUGGGGAUAGAGCACGCUGGAAGUAUUAGGGACGAGGAUGUGGAAGAGAUGUUUGCUACGAAUGUUCUAGGGCUGAUCAAGAUGACUCAGACGGUGAUUCGUGGUAUGAAGGAGAAGAACUCCGGUGACAUUGUGCAGCUGGGAUCGAUUGCUGGGAUUGAAAGCUAUCCUGGCGGGAGCAUCUACUGUGCUACGAAGUCUGCUGUGCGGAGUUUCACACAGGCGGUCAGGAAGGAGCUGAUCAACACCAAGAUCCGAGUGAUGGAAAUUGAUCCCGGUGCUGUUGAGACGGAGUUCUCGCUUGUGCGAUUUGGUGGAGACCCGGAGAAAGCCAAGAAGGUAUAUGAGGGAUAUGAGCCGUUGAGUGCAAAGGAUAUUGCGGAAGUGGUUGUGUUUAAUUGUAGUCGUCGGCAGAACGUGGUAGUAGCCGAGUCGCUGGUGUUCCCGACAGCACAGGCUGGGAGCUACCAUAGGUAUAGAGGUCAAUGA